AUGGCUGCUACAGCUUUCGCCAUACCCAAUAUCUUGGGGCCGCUGCUUCUCAAACCUGCUGAGACAUCAACUGAGUCGAGCGAAAGAACCAGUAAGCAUGAAAAUGGCGGAAAGGCAUUCGCGAAGACCUAUAAAAUGAUGAAGCAUAUUCGAUCGAGGAUGUGGUUGAAGACUACUGAAAAUAAACACAUUUCACAGCCUAUUCUGAGGGUUCAAGCUUCCCAUGCCUCUCAAAACAAUAUGGCUCAAUCAGGGACGAAAGCAACGCCGCUAAGAAUGCACCAGUCAGAGGCAAUUAUGGAAAAUGCCAAUUCUCUCGAACCGAUUUCAUCGAAUCCUAUAACUCUAGCAGACAAUUUAAACCCAUGUGCUGGGCACGAUUGUAUCCUUAGCUCGUGCACCCAUCCCACGGAGGCUACAGAUGCUUUGAUAUUGACGCAUACCAAAUCAAAAUAUAUGGCGAAUAGCAAGAGAGAUCAAAUGGAAUGUCCAGAAGGUACUAAUCACCCCGAACGAAAGGCAUGCAAUAAUUUCGAUCCCUUAAGCGGUAGAUUACUUAAACCAAUUCCAAAAUCAACUGAGAUUGCGUAUAAGUCGCCGAAGAGCCUUCAAUGCAGGUCGAAUGAUCUGCCAUCCAGGUUGCCUACAACAGAACAUUCAGAGAGAGCAUGGAACAUUGCCUCAAGUAAAAACCUUCAACCUGUAUGGAUCCCACGUCCUCCCACAGAUCCGGCGACAUCGAUGACUCCAGAUGCUGUAGUGAGGCCCGAAUCCGCGAAUUCUAUUCCUGAUCCUUCAACCGGUGUAGCGGCCAGCAGUGUACUCAUUGGAUGCUUGCAAACAGAGGUGCCGCCGCUUCCGCGCAAGAGUUCGCUAAGAAAGCGAAACGUACAGACUGGUGACAGAAGUGUUAACAUUCGCUCUCCAUUCUCGAGAUCUCCGGUUCGAUAUAUUUCCCAUUGGAGCAACUCAUCCUCGGAGAGUCCCCAUGAAUACUCGAGCUCAUUUAUAAUCCAAGAUUCUAUUUUGCGAGACGAGGGUGUUAACGUCACGAAUCCUGGCUCGGCAACCUUGCCUGCUACAAAAGCCACGCUCCAAGGUCUUCCACAAGCCUCGGCAGCAUUUAAAGUUAAAAAAAAUAACACAAGACUUACAGAGGAUCAAUAUAGCCCUCUGAGAGAAACAGAUCUUACCGCUUCAACUUCUCCGCAACCAACCAGGCGCGAACAAUAUUGUCGAAUACGUAGCGUCAAGAAUGAUGAAAGGCAAUCAGACGCAUCUGCAAAUGCCCUCUUUCCAGAGGUGAACUUCGCCAACUCGCGAAAGCUCGCACAUCUUGAACACUCAGCGAUGAGACCUCAGCAAACUUCUAUGAAUUUAAGCCAGAUAGUUGUGCCUAAGUUACCAGUUUCGGACCAGAAUUACAUAUCAAGGAAAAAUGCUCUUCAUUAUGAAUCACAAGCAUUUCAGUCCAAUUUAUCCACUCCCCCAAGUCCCAAAUCAAUGAUGUGUACGUCAUACCCUCCGAUGAAGCCAAGCUGUACAGCUAGAGAUGAUCUCUUACAAGAGAAGAUACCGAUCAUUAUCGGCAAGGACUUUGCCUCGAGCCAAGCGCUCCGUGUUUACCUUCCAAGUCGUAUGCUCCAGCAGAACUCAAAGUUUCUCAGUACUGUUAUUGACGUUACGAGGCACGUUCCUUUUUCCCAAAGAAAGCCCGUAAGGCUUCCCGAUAUUAACCCCAUAAUAUUCAGGCUGUGGUUACGGUGGAUUCACUUCCAUGAUCUCCAAAUACCAGAUAGAGACGAAAAAUAUCAUCACAAUCGUGAGCCAGGAAUUAUUAUGCUGCUGGAAGCCUGGCGACUUGGCAAAAUGCUCAUCGACUCUACCUUUCAAGAUGCAUGCACAGACAACAUUGUCCGACUGACCAAUUCCAUCUACCCACCAGAUUUGACACAUGUCAAGACAGUGUACGACAUGACGAAUCAUGGAUCCGGACUGAGAAGAUUGUUCCUCGCGAUGAUGUGCGAAGAAAAGUUGCCAACAGCAUGGCGAAGAAACGACCAGAUUGCAAUACGAAAGGUCGGGGAGGCCGCCUUCGCUGAUUACAAGACUGAGAGAAAGGAAAAUGUUGGCGGUUGA